AUGGACGAUCUAACUAAGUCGGAGAGCUCAAGCGACUCUUUCUUGCCUCUCAAGAAACGCAUGAGACCUUUUGAGGAGGAACCUGAUCACAAUGCCCUACUUGCGACGGAGACAGAAAAGGUUGCGUCUUCAGGCAAUGCAAGAUACAAGGGAGUGUUUCAGCAACAGAACGGUCACUGGGGGGCUCAGAUUUACGCAGGCCACAAAAGGAUUUGGCUCGGCACUUUCAAAUCCGCUACUGAAGCAGCCACUGCUUACGAUAGCGCCUCCAUCAAGAUCCGACCCCACGACGCUAACUCGCACCGGAACUUUCCUUGGUCUGACUCGACGGUCCAAGAACCGGAAUUUCAAGAAGACUACACAAUAGAAGCUGUGGUGAACAUGAUCAAAGACGGUACUUACCAACAAAAGUUCAGAGAUUUUGUUAGAACCCGUUCUCAGAUGGCUGCGACCGUGGGAUCAAAACAGAGCCGAGGAGACGAAGAAUCGAACAAUUGCUUCUCUUGCAAGCAGCUUUUUACGAAGAAAUUGACACCAAGCGAUGUUGGAAAACUGAAUAGGCUUGUGAUACCUAAGAAGUAUGCAGUGAAGCAUUUACCUCCCCUAAGCGUUGAUCAAAACGAGAGAGAAGAGGGAGAAGUGGGAGGAUCUGUGGACGAUGUUGAGGUUGUGUUUUAUGAUAAGGCAAAGACACAAUGGAAGUUUAAGUAUUGUUACAUGAGAACUAGCCAGACCUUUGCCUUCACCAUAGGAUGGAAUCGCUUCGUGAAGGAGAAGAAACUCAAGGAGAACGACGUUAUCGUCUUCUACCAGUGCAACGAUGAGUGUGGAUUCAAGAAGAUGAUCGAUGUUCAGAGCAACAAGAUGAUCGAUGUUCAAUACUUUUCAGACAAUGGUUUCGUGGAUCCCAAGGGAGUAAACAACAAGUUAGAAGAUGAAGAAACCAAAUCUGCAGAGGAGAAGAAAGGAGGGUUUAUGCUGUUUGGCGUGAGGAUCCAACAAUAG